AGCAACAGCAGCAGCAGCAGCAGCAGCAGCAACAGCAACAGCAGCAGCAACAGCAACAGCAGCAGCAGGUUCUGCUUCAAAUUGGCUCUUCUGCUAGUAGAGCUUCCGUUGCUAUCACCGGAACUGCAGCGGCUUCAGCAACGAGCAUGGUCACUCCGUCUGCGGCAGGAAUUUCGACGGCCUGUGCCAGUCAUAAUGAUAACAGCAACAGCAGCAAUUAUUCUAGCAAUAACAAUGAGCAGCGGCAACUGGCGCAACAGCAGCGGAUGAAGGAUAUAAAUAAACAGCAAAAGAGUCGAUCUAUAUCAACAACAACAACAACGGCGGUGACCGCCGCCGCCGACACCACAUUGGUAACCCGUCCCGCGAACGCUGCUGCUAAUAGCACCAUUCGCAGCACCACAGCUACGAGCAUCACUCAAGACGAACCCGACAGGGGGUCCCCACAUGGCGUUGUAAAAUGUGGGACCGCUUUGGAUGACGUGGAAGUUCAGGCCCUGUGGAAGAUGGUAAACUUUACGCUGCCACAGGCCCCCGCUGUGAAUAGCGACGCAGACAUCUUGGGGGUAGCACACUGUUGGCAGACUGCUGGGCCCGCGGUAACUUCUAGCGCCGCAUCCAAGGAACUACGAAAUGAGAUCCAUGACGAACAGGAGGAGUUAUUCCUUGACAUUAUGCUUGAGGCACGAACCUUGCAGGCACUACAAGCAAGCCAAGACGCUCAACAACAGCGUAUCGCAAGAAUUCAUGCACAACGAGUACAGCAACGCCGAGAACAGAAUCAGGAUGACAGCGACAAAACGUCUGCUUGCUGCAACCGUGAAGAUCGUAAUAUAACAGGAGCAUCGACAACAGCUUCUACAGCAAGCGGCUACGAGUCAUCGUCGUACCAUGAUGCUUCUUUGGAGUACGGAUCACUGCCGGGCUGCGAGGAGGACAGGGGGGUGGCGGACUUGAGCUGUUCGUUGGGCUACUCGGAAGAUUCAUGCGGGGUGCCCAUCGAGUAUCUGUCGCACUUCUCAUCGAGUGUAUCUACGAUCACUCCUGUGGCGUCGUGCCUAUUCGCUUCUCCCGAAACGUACGAUUCGGCUAUCAUAAACAGCGUACGAUGCAUACAGGACUUGCAGCGUCGACGGCAGCGAGCGCAGCGUAAGCCGUGCACGUUCUACAUGGAGGGCAACUGCCGUCGCACCGACUGCAAGUUCAGCCACGAACUUGCGGCCAUUACGUGCCGCUUCUGGGAGGAAGACAGUUGCUUCAAAGGUCUUGCAUGUCCCUUCCUGCAUGGUUAUCCGCCAUUCGAGGAGGAGCUCUGUAGCCAAUCCGUCGGCCAGAGCCUGGCAGCAGGCAAUGUCGGGCCUAAUACCGGUAAUACACACGGAAGCCACCAUCAGCAUGGAAAUCAUCACCAUCAUCACCACCAUCACGGAAACGGCCACCCCAAGAAGGAUACAAUUGGGCAUGUGGCCAAACGAAACAGCAAGUUUACCAUAGGGGGUGGGGGGUUAGAUGGUGUGUUUUGUGGUAGUUCCUCGCAGCCAGGCUCACCCAGUGUCGCCACCCAGUUGAAAAACAGAAGCCUUAUUCCACCAUUGUCGGUCGCAGGGGUCGUCGGCUUACGAGUAUUCUCGAGACGCCUGCCUGUAUUCAAACGGUUUUGGCCCUACUUCAAAGAAUCCGAACAAGACUUCCCGUCGCUGACUAACCAAAAGUCCAACGGUUAUCUAAGGGCCGUCGCUAAGAAGAACUUGAAGAAGGCGAACGGCAUUGUUCCGAAAAAGGCCAAAAAGAAGAAAAAGAAGCUGAGUUCCACCUCGAGCUGCGGAGAAUCGAAAGCGGACACCAAAGAGUCGAAAGACAGCAAUAACAAUGGCGGCCAAUCGGAAAACAAUAAGGGCAAUAAGAAAACUGAUAUACCACCUAACGCCAUAAACUCUGUAACAAUAACACUCGCUGCUGCUACAUUGUCAUCGAACGGGAACAACAUCGUCAUACCGUAAAUUCGAUUUGAACUUCGCUCGGUAGCAUCGAAAUCAAGAUCAGUUAAGCUGAAAGAUACACCGACUUUAGGUAGUGCAAUUGUAUCCAGACGCAAAUGUGUCGUUGGCCGUCACGAACCGAUGAUGAAACAAAUAAAACCUGUAGAGAAACAGAUAACAUUGAAAAACGUAGAAGAAAACGAGCGACAUAAGAAAUCCUAUCAAAUUAUCAUAGAUAGUGUCAACAAUUGUGCAUUCAUACGAUGUCGUUGAGAAGUCGGGGGCUAAAGUUAGUCGAUCGGCAAAUCAAUCUGUUUCGGACAGCGAUCAUGGUCAUCGAAGUUGACUGAGCUUAACACAACUGCGGGUUAAGCUCUUAAAGUUAAGCUAGAGUGUAGCGCGAUCGAUGAAAUUAAGUCUGAUAAAUCUAACACAUUAUGAGAGCCACGUCUCAAAAAGGCGUGUAGCGUAGUAAUGAUGAAAGAGUGAUAAAGAGAUAGGCACAGACUGUGAGGGAUUUGAACAGAUUCCUCGGCCAGCUGAACACGUCCUUGUCCCACAUGGACUCCGAUAAACGCAGAUAGGACGAGUCGUCGUUGAUCAAACUCUCUUCGCUAACGUUAAGGCUAACAGUUCGAACAAGCUAACAUCAACAAAGAACAUGAACAUUAUACGAAACAUCAGAAAACUAAAACAGCCAGAAAUAGAAAUAAUAGAGGGAGAGAGAAUACGGGAGAACGGCCUGCUCCGUGGUCGCCGAGAUGAGUUGAUUGCCUAAGAGGGCCCAACAGAGGCCAGACUCGAGGGCCUCGCUCUAAGCUUGACGGGGGGCCUAAUGGCUGAUGAAUAGAAGAAGUCGUUAUCAGCACAACAUGAUUAUGCGAACGAAAGUAAAACUAAUGAAAAACUGUACAGACACAAGUAAGUGAAGGAAGGAAAUAAUAAUAAUAAUGAUAAUAAUGAUAAUUAUAAUCAUAAUAAUAAUAUUAAUAAGUAACAAGAAUUUAAAAUAAUUUUCACACAUGAAGGAAGAGGAGAAUAUGGAACAAACUAAUGACGAUGCUGAAGACGGAUGAUAAUGAUGACAGGACGAAUGAAAAUGGGAAAAACAAAUUACUAUGUACUAAAUAUUUCCCCCAUCAGCUGUGUUGCACAUAUCACCCGCUAAGAACAGGUUGUCGGCGCCAUGGCUAUAGAGCACCCAGCAAAAAGCUGACUUAGGCUCCUACGAGAGGAUAUUCGUAAACCUAAUCAGGGCGAACAUUCAAUGAAAAGUAAAAAGAAAUUGAACUCAAAAAUAAAAAGCAGACCUUGUGAAUCGUUUACAGGAGGAAGUUAAUUGGCGCAAACGGACUUCUUGAUGGUUACUGAGUUGCGGCAUGACAGACCGCAUCUGAGGGGGGUGAGCAUGGAAGAUUUCAGCAAAACCAGAAAGAUAUGGAAGAGAAACCACGUUAAUUUGGGCGCGUUGUGAUGCGCACGACCGCCACUAAUAAUGACCUCUCACGCGAGUUCAACAGCUAUCUAGUACUACCCCCAAAAGCUAGAGUAGGACGGCCCUAGCUGAAUUUUCUUGGUUUGGUCUUAGAAAGAGAAUAGAUUUUUGAUUUUUACUGCUGACAAUAAUAAUAACAACCAUCCUCAAACUACGUAAGAAAUAACGGUGUUAAGAAUACUUAAAACAAAUAUGCUAUUAGUUAUAAGGUAAAAAUUUGCUCGUAUUUUGCGGCUGUCAUAUUAUUAGCAGUUAUCAGACAUUAUAUUAUUAUUAUAUUCGGUAUUCGGUUCUUAUUUAGCGAACGGAUUAGCGUGUCUGAAAUCUCCCCAUUAAUUUAUAUAUGACUCAACCUGUGCUUCUUUACGAGUAUUGGCGACGAUGAAAGAAUAUUUGGGAUACGAAGCAGGCAUGGAUACUUACGCCCUCAGCCCCUUUUCAAUGUACUGUACAAUGCAGCAGCGAACAUGCUGCAACCAAAUCUGCUAAUACGCGAAUUACACGCAAAGACUGUCUGAACGAUGGCUCUCCGUAAAUGUGGAUAGUACGCAUAUAGACGCCCUAACAGCCGCCUUGUAGGUGAGCUACACACGUAUUUCGCUAUGAACCGAUAGCUACAGACGAAGUAGCAGUAAUGAAUCUCUAUGGUACAGCUAAACGGAUCAAUGGCAAACUGUUUUUCUCUAGUUACUUCGUUAUCAGAUAGGCAAGAACGGAACGCGGGAAAAAUGGAGCUUGUUUCUCGCUGUUUGUUAGACAUUUUAAAUGGAUCGUCAAGUUCGCGUCUAUGACGAAAAACAUCCGAAGGGAGAAAGUGAAAAAGAUGGAAAAAAGGGCCGGCUGUCGUCGACGCUGUACAAUAAUCGGCGGCUUUGUUGAUCCUGUUUGGGCUUAUCUAAUGUCUAGCAUCUGUCCGCAGCGAACCGAGUUUCACGGUGACGUCCCCUCGGCCCGCGUUGCUGUUUGUAUAGCACUUCUGUGAGGAGUUGACCCACCCACUCCCCCCCCCCUCCUCCCCCGUGCUUAUUUCAUUUCUCUCUUCUCUUUACAUGCAAGUUAAGUGUGUAAGCUAAGUUAUUCUCUUCAAUAGUAAUGAUAUAAGCUAUUAUUACAGUACGCAUAUUAUGAAACAUCACAUAAAAUAAUGAUGGUGUCAACGAAGAUAAUAACGAUGCGUAAUGAUAUUACUGUUAUCACCGUCAAAUGUAGGGUAUUUUUUAUAGCCUUAUUUAUAACUACUGCAAUUAGAAAUAAUGUUAGUAGUAAAAGAAUCGUUGAGACUGACCAUCAUUCCCCGUUUCCCCAUCUAACGGCGCAACACACAGUAAAAAUAAUAGGUGUCAUUAUGAUCAUAUAGAAAACCGUUUAUGGAACGAGAAAUAUUGCAUUCUGUUUUAGAAAAUAAAUAGCGAUUAACAGUAAAUAGAAAUAUAUUUGGCGUGGGAAAAAUGUGCGUCUGCAUUGUGGCCAAUAGUGAUUUCAGCACAGAAUGGCUGUUGUGUAGCGGACAGCACAAACUGACAUGAAGACGAAUUGUAGAUUGGCGGAUCUAAGAAAAACCCUAAAUGCAAUUAUUGAGAGAAAAUAUCUUGGGGUACCGAACGAAUUAACUUCACAUAAUUUACGAGGAAUCGUGAUCUAGACGUUGAUGGUUACUUUGAAUGAUUGUGCAGCAGUCUUCGAAACAUAUUAGCACAUUUGAAAUAGACAUAAGAAAUUAGUAAAAAUGAACAACAACUGAAAUAAUAUUGGCGGCAACAACGAUGACGACGAUGCAAAAUUGGCGCUAAAACGCAAAGCACAACAAUAAAUGCUUACAAUGACUAUUUGGUAUUGCUGCUAUCAAAGCGUAAUGUCCUGGAUGCGAGGUCCCCUCCUCUUUCACCCCACAGCCUUAAAACCUUGCAAAAAAGUAAGAAGUACGUCAUUGCGCAUGAUUGCUAUAAAGACAAACGUCGAUACAAAAUGGUAAUGUGAAUUAAAUUGAAACUAAAAUUGUUAGUAACGCUCAACAAUCAAUAGUAACCACUACACGUUACCUUUUUGCUAAAUUUUUCCUAGCUUCUCUCUGCGGGAUGUUCCGUAUGCAAGUAGGACCGUCAGAUUGAAUACAAAAACCUGAAACUGAGGCCUAAUCCAGGUGACUCAGUAAACGAUGAGCUGAAGUUAGAAAGAGGAUGUCCAGACUGAUCACAACACAAUAUUAACAGUGGUGACUCUUAUUAUAUGAUACCCUCAUAACAUCGCUACAAGGAAUUCUUAACAACACACAAUACCUUUGUAUCGCCGUAUAUAUACGUACUGCUAUAGACGUGCAGGGUUGAUGUGGCUAAAACAACGGAAUAAUUUUGCAUAGAAAGCUCCUCUGUAGAGACGGUGGCAAAUUGCAGAAUAAUAUAUAAAUGUAAAAGCUAAAUUGCAGUAGACCGCUCGCCUGCUUUUAUGAAAACAAAGAAGAGAUAACGUUAUUAUAAGCAACGCUGGCAAAUCACAAUCGGUGGACAUUUAGAUAAUGAACAUUUAAAGAAAUAACUUCAUUUCACGGUAAAACGAAGAAAGCCUGUCGCAUCUAUAUGGGAAACGUUUAUUAGACUUACCAAGCAAUUAAAGCCGGAUGAAACGUAGGCCAGCCUCUCUAUAGGGGUACAUUUAAAUAAACUCGUUAAACUGUGAUGAUUCGAAAUGACGAGAUGGAAAAGAAAGGCGGUUUGUCAAACAGGUAGGUAAUGAAGAUUUAGUUUAGACAAAUGCAAGGGUGUCUACAAAAUACGUUGGAAGGUAUUGACUACAGUCGAAUUGAUUACUACGAUAACUUGUCUGGAUAAGCACGAUGAGUAAUUAGCACAGACAGCGGGUCGUUCAGUUCAUCUCGGGGGGAUCGAUCAGAUGCACGAGUCAAGUGGGUAAAUAUAUAGCACUUACACCACGUUUUGACAAUGGAAUGUAUAUCGAGAUAAACAGAUCCAAAACAGACGCAAGUGCACAGAGAACAAAGAAGACUGUCUGACAGAAUCUAGAUAACAGAUUGAAAUCGAUAAGGAUGUCGGUGGCGAUGCCUCUAAUGAUGCCGAUUACGAGGAAAAAGAGUAACGAGCGGAAAAGCGAGCCCGUCAACAUCCACACAUUUGCUACGGGGUUCGACGGGCUCCGUAAUUAACACCAAAGGCAACUCCGUGGUUAGCUGAGUUUUUUUCCAUUUCCUACAGAUCCUAUAAUCAGUAUACUUGUCUAUGCUAAACAAACAAUAGCACUGUAAAAUACAUAUUCAAAUGCAUCCAUCGAUCUAAGCUGUACAUUACUGAGUGAGGCGUAUUUUACUCUUUGAAAAUUUGAAGAUUAACUUUGUCGCACACUUCUAAUGAAAUUCUCACAACACUGACGAUAUUAAGUUUAUUCUAGAGCUUCUAGUGGAUAUUGGGACGAUGAGGCACCAUACAGUAAUGGCGACGUAGUUAACUGUCCCAGACUAAACAGAACCCAUAUGCGGAUUUGACUUUUUACGGCGAGUGUUAUGAUCAUCUUUACCUGAAUUAUGUGAACAGUUAGUGCACGAAUAGCUUUCUCUCCGUUCUUAGAAUUUCCUAUGCGUAUAACUGUGUUGUUGAACGCAAUUGCUUUUAUAAAACAAACGGCGAACUAAAAUCAUCAUAACUAGCUAGCAAAACAGCACCUAUUGUUUAAUUUAAUUACAUUAAAAUAAAAAACGCCAGCUCAUUGUGCUGAACAAGCAUGUACGAAAAAUGGCAUGAUAGAUUUUACGGUCAAGGACGGUCCACAUUCUGCCGUUUUACGUCUUGCAAAGUUCGCUCGGAUUUCGUGUCGUAGCUUCUUGGCGACCUGUGAAUUAUAAGGACAUAGAGAUAACUAUACGAGUUCUACGUGCACACUCGUAGGAGAUGCGCUAGAGGAGUUGCCUUACAGAGUUUUAAUACAGCUGAUAAUUAUGUCGACAUGAUUGCUACUGCGUCGUUAUUUAGAUUACUAUUAAUUAAUAUACUACAAAAAUAAGCAUAUUGUCUGAAAGUACUCUAAACACACUUAGACAAACAAACAUUUACACAUGGAAAAAAAUAUGAUUAUAAGAUUAUAUUAUUACCAAUAAAAUGAAGGGUGCUGAAAAUAAUGAAAAUGCAGAAGACACAAAACGUUGACAAGGCCCCAUAAAAACAGGUGACCUGCGAGCGUAAAAGAAAAAUAGUAAUGAUAAACGAUACGAGUUCAAGGGGGUAUGGUGUUCCCCUUAAGAGGGGCAACCCAAAACACGAAAAAACCAAUGUAAUGAGAGACAAGGUUUGCAGACGAUAAAUAGAACGAAAAUACAUGAUACGCUAUGAAACGGUAGCGAAACAGAUAAUAACAACAAAAAAAUAAGUGUUAAAAUCACGUAGAAAGAUGAGGAAAAAAACAAAGAAAAAAAUAAUAUUUAAGAAAUACUACGUCGAAGACACUUCCCCGAUCCCCCAACCCAUGCAACUUUAUUUACACAAAGGUUAGCAUGAAAGUGUAAUUUCGUUGUUAUUCAAUUUAACUAAAACUGAAAAAAAUAGACUGACAAUCUUCAUAUCACCAUGUUUUGCUUGAAAAUUCAAGUUUUGUCACUAUCAGAUUUUGAUAUAUAUAUAUACAUAAAAAAAAAGUAAAAACACAUUGGAAUUUAAAGAGGCUAAAUAUUCCGCAGGUUUAAUUACAAGGAUCAAUAUAUAUAUAUAUAUAUAUAUAUAUAUAUAUAUAUAUAUAUAUAUAUACAAACGGUCUACAGCAAAGGAUUGAUCUUGUUCUGAAGACGUUUUCUUGUCUGACUCGGUUCUUUGUUUUAUUCCUCACUUUAUUUACUGAUGAUACUAAAACACUAGAGUCGCCCUCUAAUUACACGGCGAUAAUACGACGUAAAUGUAAUUCAUAAUGACGAUAUAUUGCUAUUAUUAUAUGCAUUAUUACAUCUAUUAUAUAUGCGCAACAAACACGCAUACCCAAUUGAAUUAUUUUAUAUUUUUGUUGAGGUAGUGGUGCCAGUAGCAGACGACGCUAUAAUGUAAUCCAGCGCAACGGUCAUAACAAACGAACCGGAAGACCGAGCGGGAAAUGCUGGCCUACGAUGUGAAAGCAGGAAAGAUAACGAAGUGCAAAACGGCUGAAACAUGGACAUCAACAAAGUUGAAAUAGGGUAGCGUGGAGAAAAGACUGUUGUCAUGCAGUUGCAGGAUAUGCAAUUGCCCUAAUGAAAACACUGAAAAUAGAAAACGUGAAAGACGGUUAAGAAAGCUAAGAAGAUACUACGAAGAAGGAAACGAAAGAUAGUCAUCAUCAUAAGAUACCGGUUACAAUCGAGUUAGUGUUAGUUGCUUAAUUGUUCUGGUCGUUCAGGGUGAUUCAGUGGAAAGGCAUUCUGGGAAGACGAACUUUGAGCAAUGAAUUGAAAUAGAAGAAAGUAAACGUUACCGAUACCAAUUGACGAUGAAGACGAACGUAAAGAAAGAAUCUAUGGACGUAAAUGGUCAUGAGUGGCCUCGCUGUAUCACUGUGGUGUUGUGAUCAAGGCUGCGAACAACGGCCAAAUUGCUUUGAACGAUUAAACAAAUUACUGUUGUCACUUGUAACACAUUUUCGAUUUAGCUUUACUUACAAGUGGCACGUAUUCCAAAUAAAUUCAGUCGCCACUGAUCAUGGUACACUGAUCAUACAACAACGCCAUUCGUUUUGGCCUCUUUUGACAAUGAGAAAAAGCGCCGUGGACAACAUAAUUUACCUAGGACCCUCCAAAGAAGGCUCCGGUGUUGUGUGCCUGCAGAGUGUUCUGAUUAUUCUUGUACGUCACCAUAUGCCAUUUCUCUCGAUAACGAAAAAAACACAGGAUAAAGUUCACACCGAGACAAGUAUUCUCAAUUAAACGGUAAAUACGAAACGAUGAUUGAUUAGAAAAGAAAAACAUGCAGAGAAGUAACUGCUUGUAUUUGGCCAUUGUUAACAAAAACCACAAUGUAUCAUAUGAUGGUGACGAUUCUGACUUUAGGUACGCCUUAAUUUUUAGCCAAGUGUUUAUUGUGUCUCUCGUAUUCCAAAGAUCUACGUUGCGCUGGUACAUUGUUCUGCUCUGACAACAACUGGUCGGUUGCCUUUGAACAUGCUUCUAUGCCCACGUAGCUCUGCGAGCUUUAAAAACGGGCAUCAUUGGUUACUGAAUGGUUUUUUUAGACCAGACCAACAACGUUGUCAGCGUGGACCACACCAGCGUUUCAAUAAGACCAAUCGGUUCCGAUUCAGAACGCACUUCGAACGACGCCUUAAUCACGUGCAUUGAUGUAAAGCAGAGGUCAAUAGUGACUAAGUAGGAACACAGCUUCGCAGCUAUGGGACAUGCGCCUACCUAGGUCUUUUGCAGUAGCUGUGGUGAUAUGUACAAGCAAAGUGUGCGUUUGCACGCUAGUCGUGGUACGUCGAACUUCUACCCCCUAGAUAUCACAAUCGAAGUCCCGAAAACAAGUAGGAGAUAAGCAUCUGCCUCUUAGUUGGUAUGCAAAGUGAAUUAGGCCGUUGGCAACAGAUGCGUUUCGGGACCGUGGUCUUUAUUAUUUCAAUGGUGGAUUUCGGCUCGAGUUGAAUCAAAUCGACAGUGAGCCACAAGCCGAAAGCAAAUGGCCGGCCUUGUUGCGGAGCAGCCAAACGUGGCUGUCGUUAGCUGGCUACAGCUUUGGCGUAGUCUAAAUCAGGGCUGGGAACCGUCACAGCAUACAUGACGACAUGUCUCUCGAAAGGUUACCCUGAAAAACUGGAACGGCUUUUCUGAAAGACUAUGGGUUGUGGUCGUGUAUCGACAGGAUGCUGGCUCGAUGAUUUUCUUUGGCAGACUAAUCUAAGGCGGCUGUCUUCACUGACUUGAGUUCGUGCUCCCUUGAACUAAUUGAGGUGGUCAGAAGAAGAAGCGAGCUCUCAGAGAGGGUCGGAAUCGCGGCAGUGUCGAGAUUGGUCAAAACCGGGUUAUAUUGUCUGCCACACCGUCGAUAAUGGUUCUCGGCCGCCAUAAGCCGCGCAUUCUACAUUCAGGUGCAUUCGGACAAGCGUUUGCGCGACCGAUCGACUGCCCAGCGCGGGUGCGCAGUUGAAGCAACCAAAAAUUCCCAAGAAGGGCCCAGAAAAAGCGAAUUCGGCGAAUUUUCAUCUUUUAAUCUAAUAACAAUAAUACUAUUAUUAUUAUUAUUAUCAAUGAAAAUUAUAAUUAUUAUAUGUCAUAAUUUGAUUGAUAUUUCCGAGCAGAAGGAUGAUAACACAAUCAUACAUGGAUUAUGACAAUGUUGAAGAUUAUAUUAUAGAGUGUCACUACUCAUAACUGAUUGAUAUGCGACGGACGAAGUUAUACUGUGAAUCAAUAAAACGCAGAGAAAGUGAAGUAAUCCGUGGCUAGCAAAAGAGUGACAACGCGAUUCGGAAAGAUUGUAGUACAAGUUGGGGUUUAUGUAUGUCGAUGGCAAAAAUAACGACGACGACGACAAUAAAGGCAAAGGGGGCAAAAACCGAAUGGGAAUAAAACGAAGCAGAGAGAGAAAGUAGAUGUGGAGAACACAGGAUAAAAGGGCAUAGAAUCAUGUGAAAGGCGAGGGGACGAAAAACAGACGAGGACUGAAGCAGUUAAAGAAACGUAAAAAAAGCCGAGUUAGAAAACGAAGGCAGCAGAGUCUUCUCUGUCAGAAGAAACUGCUUUCUUGUUGCAGGAACGUAUGGGCAAGUAGAUUGAGAGAAUCUUCGACGAGGAUCGUGGUAUAUUUGUGCGUAUUCAGUCGCCGGAGACGCUAAAUAUGUAGAUGUAGAGACAGCGCUUCCAUAAAACCCGCAGCAGCACCACUAUCCAUCCGAUGGUGCCUAUAAUCCUCUCAAAUGUUCGGAAUCCUCUAAACAUUUGUUCAAAUACUUAUUAUCAGGUGUCAUGAGCUGGCGUGACAGACUCAGCGAACGCGAAAUUGUUGAGCGAUAAAAAGGAACAGAGAUGAAAAAAAAUUGGCUGGAUCCGAAAAGGACUAAGGAGGACUAAAGACAAAAAAAUAAACUGAUGAAAAACUCGUCGUAUACAAAUAAUAGGGGUAAAUGCGCGAAAUAAUGCUGACAGAACUUUCAUCAAUGAAUUGAAUGAAAAUGAGGUCGCUAUAGUCUGGGGUAAAGAAAGCAGGAUAUGCCGAAAAGGCGGCCACAGAGUUAGCAGGUGGUUUGUCUGUACUUGAGCGAAUCUUGAACGGCCUUUACCUGCGUCGAAAAGUAACGGUGAUGAGAGCAGACGAAAACUGUUUGCAGUAUCGAACAAGUGGGUGUUGAGAGAAGGCAGGAGAGAAUUUUUAAGAUCCACAGCAACAUUAAAUGAUAGGAACAUGUAGACUGCGAUCAUCAUUAUCAGAACUUCGAAAAAGUACAAUCAAAAUUGCAAUCACUAUAACAAGAUGAAACAACAUAACCGUAGUGGAGUGCUAAAAAUCAUUGUUACGGUGUCGAAUGUUGAUCGAAGUCAGCCUAUUAGAAACAGACGCGUGAAAGUGAUCAUUUCAAAGUGAUACUACGGAAAUCGGGGGGAAAAAAUUGUAACUUAGGGACAGCAACUUUAUUGCUCCUUUUAAAUGAAUCAUUCGGGUUUAAGAAGGUACCGAUACCGAUUCUGAGCUGUCCGAUGAAAAAGGCACCGAGAUAUGCAAAAUACGAUGACGCAUUCUGGAAGCACUCUUCUUCUAGUCAGUAUCAAAAAGUGGAAAAUACACAGAAACAAAGACAAAGGAUAGUAGAGACCAGAACGAAAUACAAACUAUAAUAAAGUGGUGAUUAUCAGUCCGAUAAAACAUUCGGUAAAAGUAAGUCAACAAUAUGUUCAUGUUACCGACAUGCCUAGCAGACUAGGCGAAACUGAUAAUAGAAAAACGAAGACAAAAAUAGCUCCACGAUUUACAUAAUUUAAUAUCCAUCAUUUGAUAAACAACAACAACAGCAACAACAACAA